GGAUUGUUGGCGCCAUACUGUACUGCUGCGUUACAUGUUCCUACUUUCGGUGAUAUAAUCCGUGUUUGUGGCUACACUACUGUAUUAUGAUUGAUGAUAUUACUAAUACGAUUCCUCAGUUAACACAUGGUCUUCAUAAAGGUCAGAUGGGAAGAAUCGCUAUAGUAGGAGGAUCAAAAGAGUCAGUUCAUGCAUGUAUUGUUGAUAGCUAUCAGAUAUACUGGAGCACCAUACUUUUCCGCUAUUAGUGCUUUGCAUUGUGGUGCUGAUUUAGUUCAUGUAGUAUGUUCUGCUUCUUCCUCUCCUGUUAUCAAGUCAUAUAGUCCUGAAUUGAUCGUUCAUCCUGUUCUAGAUGGAAUUCUAGCAGAAGCGACCAAAUGUAUGGACAGAGUUCAUGCAAUUACAUUUGGACCUGGUCUGGGACUAACGGAGAACGUUGAAAAUACCACAAAACUGAUAGAUUAUUGCAGAAAAUCUAACAAGCCUAUUGUCAUUGAUGCUGAUGCUUUGAAUAUCGUUACUCAAAAUCCAUCACUCAUAGAAGGUUAUGAUAAGACUAUUCUUACUCCAAACGUUGUUGAGUUUUCAAGGUUAUAUUAUUCUGUGUUUUCAUCUCAACCAUAUGAUACCAAAGAUGCGACAAGAUCUCUUGCUGAAAAACUUGGUGUCACUAUUGUCCAUAAAGGUCCUACAGAUAUUAUAUCAAAUGGUCAAACAAGUUAUUAUAUUGCAACAAAAGUAUGGGCAGCAAAUGUUUGAGAAUUUCUAUGUUUAAAUAGAAUGACCUGCUUGUAAAGAGCUAUCCUGUUAAUAAAUUCACCUACAGACACAUGCCUAUUAAUAUUGAACUCACUUAGAAAUUUGCUUCCAACCUCUUUAAUUUCAUCAUUACAAUUAUAUUCAUCACUCCAUCUUGAUUUUUGAUUAUAUUUAAUAAAAGCUGUACAGUGUGUGGAUCAGGGAUCACCUCGCAGAUGCGGUGGACAGGGCGACAUUUUAUCUGGUACAAUGUCAGUCUUCAACUACUGGUUUCAUCAACUUAAAGAUAACAACCAGAAUCUGUUUACAGCUACUAUUGGAGCUGCAUUUGCAGCUUGUUCUCUUACACGAAAAUGUUCACAAUUGGCAUACGCUAAAUACGGUCGUUCUAUGAUAACUACGCAAAUGUUGCCAGAAAUACAUCAUGCAUUCGAACAACUAUUCACUAAAACGUCAAUUACAUAAAAUAUCACGCUUUUCUGUAUUCUAAACAAACCCAAUUGAGUUGUUUUCAUCAAAUAUGUAUUAAAUUUGUGCUGUAAUUGAUUAACAUUAGGUAUUUUCGACUGCAUUCAAGUUUCAUACUCUGUAAUCAACUCUAUCAAGUAUUCUAACCAGUUUUUAUUAAACCCAUAUAUGAAAAGAAGUCCUUCCUGUAACUUUAUUCUCAAAGCUAUACAAUUGCAAAUACAUACCAUUUUUCCACUAAAUACGAAUAUUUCUCAAUAACAAAACUGUAAGACGUUACUUGAUGAAUCGUCAUGGAAAUUAACAAAUAAG